UCGUCGCUAGCUGGAGGGAGAAUCGAGAAGCGUGCGAGAGUAGGACGAACCGACGAAGCUCGUUUCGCAGGAAGGAGGAAGCACGAGGGAAGGGAGAGGAGGUGGAGCGGGGCUUAUCGAACGGGGCCGUGUACGUGCGAGAGACAGUAACGGGCUGAGGCGACGCCGCAAGGAGAGAGGGAGAAACAGAAAAGGAGAGAGAAAUGGCCCCCACCCACGUCCAGGAGGAAAUAGAGGGGCGCUAUAAAGACUAUGCCUAUAGCCCUGUACCAACGAGUUGCACUUCGACGGUGUACUAUUCACCCACCCUUGGAAAAUAUCCCAUAAAGUUCGGUGGUAGCUUACCCAAGUAUCAUACGAUCGGUGACCACGACAAGUGUCCUGCCGCAGAAAUGACGGAGAAGGGCUCCACGUUGCUUCAAUACCUCGCCGCUGCAGCGGCAAAUUUGAGCUGCGUCGCAUCCGGUGCUUUGUUAGGAUGGACCAGUCCGAUAUUACCUAGGUUGCAGAAUGACCUGAAUGACAAUCCUCUCGGCAGAAAAAUCACUCCGGAUGAAAACUCCUGGACCGGCUCGUUGGUCUCCGUGGGAGCGGUGAUCGGCAGUUUCGUAGCUGGAUAUUUAGCGGAGAGAUGCGGUAGGAAGAACACGCUGCUGCUCAGCGCGGUACCAUUUCUGAUCGGUUGGAUCCUAAUCGCAACAGCCGGCGUCGUGUACCAACUGUACGCGGCACGAAUAAUUCUCGGUUUCGCCUUGUCGUUCGCUUUCACGGUCGUUCCUAUGUACUGCGGCGAAAUCGCCGAGACGUCCGUCAGAGGAGCUCUAGGAUCCUUCCUGCAACUGUUUGUCAGCUUCGGUCUUCUAUAUGCGUACUGCAUCGGCCCGUUCGUAUCGUAUCUGACGUUUGCCAUACUCUGCGGCAUUAUACCCGUGGUAUUCGUCGCUUGUUUCUUCAUGAUGCCCGAAUCGCCGUAUCAUUUGCUGAAGAUCAACAAGAGAGAAGAGGCGAUCAAAGCUUUGGCCUGGUUACGAUGCAAGUCUCCCGCUAGCGUGCAAAAGGAAGCGGACGAAAUGCAGGCUGCCAUCGACGAAGCAUUCAAGAGCAAGGCGAAAAUCGGCGAUUUAUUCAACGUGAAGGCGAACCUUAAAGCAUUGAUAUAUACGUCCUUGCUCGUGGCGUUCCAACAGUGCAGUGGUAUCAACGUGGUCCUCUUCUAUAUGGGAUCCAUCUUCCAGGCUGCGCACAGUGCGCUACCCGACUCCAUAUCGACUCUGAUCGUCGGUAGUGUGCAAGUGGUUGCUUCCAUGGUCACGCCGGUGAUCGUUGACAGACUUGGUAGGAGACUGCUGCUCAUUACCUCCGGCGUUGGUGAGAUUGUCUCCUUGAUCGCCCUGGGUCUCUACAUGUUCCUCCAAGAUGUUACAAAAUCGGACGUUAGCGCCAUUUCGUGGCUUCCUAUCGUGUCGCUGGUCAUCUUCAUCGCGAUAUAUUGCAUAGGCUGGGGUCCUCUACCAUGGACCGUGAUGGGUGAGAUGUUCGCAUCGAACGUGAAAUCGAAGGCUUCCGGAAUCACCGUGUGCGUGUGCUGGUUGGUCUCUUUCUUCAUCACCAAGUUCGCCAACAAUCUGCAGGAUAUAUUCGGCCAAUUCGCGUUGUUCUGGAUUUUUGCCGUAUUCUGCGUGUUGAGCGUGUUGUUCACGGUGCUGAUAUUACCGGAGACGAAGGGAAAGAGCCUGCAAGAGAUUCAAGACGUGUUGAGCGGCGUCGACCGUUCGGAGAUACCCGAGUUCGGAGGCUCGAGUAAAAAGUGAAAACAGUAUUGCGGUUUCGGGUGACUCGAGAACGAUCUCGAGCUUCGAUUUCACCCUCGUUCGCGUA